GGUUUGUCUAGUAUCCCAUUUGUCAUAUCCCAUCAUCUCCCUCUCCCUCCCUCUCCCUCUCUCUCUCCUCCUUGCCUUGUUGCCGGACCAUCUCCGAAACCCUACCCCAGGCCUUCUCCCAUUCAUCUACCUGACGUACCUAUAGAUAUCCGGCUCCGAUCGACACAAUGGAUUCCUCUUGAUCUACCCCGUCUCUUCCCCACGACUGGGUCUCUCUCUCCACAGUCAAAGAGUCGACGGUGUUCCGUCAUCUGAAUCAUCGCCCACCACCAUCCGAGAACUACCCGAGACCGCAACAAUUCAACGGCCUUUUGCCCCGUUUCGGACCCUAAAUUCUCCUAUCGGUGGGCAACGUCAGAGCCUACCUAUCCUCUUGCGCAUUUUCAAACCCCGGUAUCUCCGAAUCGUUCCUACGCACUAUGCGCCUCCGACGAGCGGCCCGAGUAAUCCUCAUCGGCGCCCCAGGGGUGGGUAAGGGCACACAAUCCGAACGGCUCCUCGCGCGCUUCCCCCAGCUAUCGGCCAUCUCAUCUGGAGAUCUACUGCGCCAAAACGUCAAGAGCAGGACGCCUCUCGGCAUCAAGGUCGAGAGGACCGUGAAGACCGGCGGGCUUGUCUCGGACGACAUUAUACUGCGGCUGAUUACCAAUGAGCUCAACCAUCGCGGUUGGCUUGCUGGCGGGCGACCAAAUGUUAUGACCCUUUCGUCCUCGUCGGCUGCGUUGGAAGAGGACGGUCCUCUGUUUGCGAACGUCGUGGGCGCCUACGAAGCGGCCCUAGAUGCGGAUCCUCUGGCUGGAGCAACCCUAUCCAGACAAGCAUUGGAAGACCCCGCCGCCUCCUUUCUGCUCGACGGCUUUCCACGCACUGCCGCCCAAGCUAAGAGACUGGAUGGUAUCGUACCCAUCAACUGGGCCGUCUCCAUACGGACGCCCUUCCAUGUCAUAAUGCGGCGGAUCGCGUCGCGUUGGGUCCACGAGCCUUCUGGCCGGGUCUAUAACACCUCGUUUAACGCGCCCAAGGUCCCCGGUUUCGACGACAUCACAGGUGACCCGCUUGUACAGCGCGCCGAUGAUAGCGAGGAAGUCUACAGAGCGCGAUUUCAGAAGUUCCAGGAGACCAGCGAGCCUCUGCUGGAGCAUUACGCAAAGAAGGGCGUUCUCUGGGAAGUUGACGGGUUGAGUAGCGACGAGAUCAGUCCGAAGUUGCAUCAGGAAUUCGAACGUCGCUUUUUAUGACGUUACUGGGAGGACUAACUUGAGUGUAUGCCUAGAUCGCCCCCGGAGGCGACGGAAUGAGAGGCAUGGAUGUGUGUAUUAUACUGGGAACGCGCAAAUGAGUAGUACUCCACGAAGGCCUAUGGGUGUUAAACAAUCUGGACUAUGAGAGGAAAUGUUUAACCAUCUCUCGAAUAUGUCGAUUAUGUAUACUUACACCCACGCUCUAGUGUAAGCUGGGGUUUCUUCCUAUGGCGGAUUUCUUUAAAGCUUCAAACCCAUAGCUUUUCAACAAACUUACGUCUUGCAUUGAAAAU